UCUGUUGUGUAAUAUGGCUUAACUUCCUGCGUGGUUUGGACAGAAAGCAGUUGUUUACCACUUUGUUUCUGAGCUUUGAUGAAACAACAGAGCAAAAGAAAAGGCGGCUCCAUUUGUUUCAAAUGAAAGGAAAUGUAAAUUUUGUUCAAGGAUGCAUGCAGCCAAGUCUGUCCUGUGUUGGAUCGUAAUUCUGUGCUGCUUGCCGGAAACUCUAGCCAAACUUCAACUCUCCAUGCCGGACAGAACCAGAGUGGCACUAGCUGGGGAAAGUCUUUACUUCAAUCUGUCGGUUUCAGUCCCGGCAAACUACACCACUAGCAAGCUUAUAUGCUACAAUAAAAACAAGACGAGUGUUUGGAAUAAAGAUAUUAAAAGUACGUUUUACCAAGCUACACAAACGGUGGAGGUGAAUAUCAGCAUGCACAAUAGCUCCAGUUCUGGAAAUUACUACUUUAGUUAUGCAAAACAGGAGGUGCAUUGGGUGGUUCAUGUGAGAGAUAAAGGUUAUGAAGAGCCGCCUGAGGAGUUAAACAGUGCCAUCAUCACAAUGAUGGCAUUCUCGGGAAUCCUUCUCAUCUUCACUGUAGCUGGGUCACUUUACAUAUUAAAGAACUACAAGAAACAGCCUCCUCGUAGAGAAGACAAUAAUGAUGUUGCAGUGACGACACCAAGGGAGAGUGAUGAAGUGAUUUUGGAUGAAGAUGCUGCAUCUGCAUCAUUCUACACAACUCUACAAUGCAGAUCAGGCUCUAUUUAUGAUACUCUGCAUUCAGACUCAAUUCAUGUAGAAAACGCAAAGAAGAACCAAUCAGAAAAGGACUGCAACGCACAAGAAGAUGUAUUUGAUUCUGUGUAUGAAAACCUGUGAAUGAAGGAAUACGUGUCAAAUGAAGAUUUUUUUUGUAUAAGUUAAUAUUUUAUGGCCCAGUAUGACCGAAAAUAAAUGAAAGAUCAAAACAAA